AAGCACUUCUAUUCAAUAAUUUAUCCAACAUAUCACAUCUCCAUACAUAUUAAUGCUUCAUGGAUUCGAAAUGGAAUAGAGAUACACCUGUCUCGAACCAAGAGACUAGUGGUGCGUGGAGCAAUUCAUAUGAACUCAAAGCUUGGAUGCAGGGCAAAUUGCAGAAAAACGAAUCAGACGUGGUAGAUAUGGGCGAUAGAUAUGGUGGAGACAAAGGAGCAGAGAACGGGAACGACAAAGCGGCCAACAACAUAAUGCAACGCUCAGAGCUAGAGCAACGAAGACAAGAGAUUUGAUGCAUACCCUUGUUUCCCUAAUAUAGGCGAUUUAGCAGAGUUGCGCAGCAGAUUUCGCCUUAUGACUGAAC